AAUUUUCUCACCCUGAAGUGUGGGCGUGGCCUCUCUACCUGAUUGUGCUUAGAAAGUUGGCGUUGUUAUGCAGAAACUUGCAUCUCCUCUUGAGGAGAACUCCUGCCUAGGAAUGGCUGCACCAGUCUCAUUAAGUUUAUCAUGCGAAUGGUAGUACUGUUACUUUAAAAAUGGUGCUUUGCCCUUUUACUUUAAUUCGUUCAGCCAGAUUCCUACCAACACCUGGUAUCAUCAGAUUUUAACGUUUUUCCUGCUUUGCCCGAAGUUUUUACAUACAAAUUCUACUAGUCACACUUGGCCAUUUAGUGCGGUUGCUGAAUUAAUAGAUAAUGCUUACGAUCCUGAUGUGAAUGCUAAACAGAUAUGGAUUGACAAAACAGUGAUAAGUGACCAUAUAUGCCUGACAUUCACUGAUAAUGGGAAUGGUAUGACCUCAGACAAAUUACAUAAAAUGCUAAGCUUUGGCUUCAGUGACAAAGUCACCAUGAAUGGUCACGUCCCAGUUGGAUUGUAUGGGAAUGGCUUCAAGUCAGGUUCUAUGCGUUUGGGUAAAGAUGCAAUUGUUUUUACCAAAAAUGGAGAAAGCAUGAGCGUGGGCUUCUUGUCUCAGACCUAUUUGGAAGUCAUAAAAGCAGAACAUGUUGUUGUCCCAAUAGUGGCAUUCAACAAAAACCGACAGAUAAUUAAUUCGACAGAAUCAAAAGCAAGCCUUGCUGCAAUUCUGGAACAUUCUCUGUUUUCUACGGAACAGAAAUUACUGGCAGAACUCGAUGCUAUCAUUGGUAAGAAGGGGACAAGGAUCAUUAUUUGGAAUCUCAGAAGCUACAAAAGUGCAACAGAGUUUGAUUUUGAUAAGGAUAAAUAUGACAUCAGGAUUCCAGAAGAUUUAGAUGAGACAGCAGGAAAGAAAGGGUACAAGAAGCAAGAAAGGAUGGACCAAAUUGCCCCUGAGAGUGACUAUUCCCUAAGGGCUUACUGCAGUAUAUUAUAUCUAAAGCCAAGAAUGCAGAUCAUCUUACGUGGGCAGAAAGUGAAGACCCAGCUAGUUUCGAAGAGUCUUGCCUACAUUGAACGUGAUAUUUAUCGACCCAAAUUUUUAACUAAUAAAACAGUGAGAAUUACUUUUGGAUUCAACUGCAGAAAUAAAGAUCAUUAUGGGAUAAUGAUGUAUCACAGAAAUAGGCUCAUCAAAGCUUAUGAAAAAGUUGGAUGUCAAUUAAGGGCAAACAACAUGGGCGUUGGAGUAGUGGGAAUUAUAGACUGUUAUUUCCUAAAGCCAACUCACAAUAAACAAGAUUUUGAUUAUACGAAUGAAUACAGGCUUACAAUAACAGCACUAGGAGAUAAGCUCAAUGAUUACUGGAAUGAAAUGAAAGUGAAGAAAAAUGCAGAAUAUCCUCUAAAUUUGCCUGUUGAAGAUAUACAGAAACGUCCUGAUCAGACAUGGGUUCAAUGUGAUUCCUGUCUAAAGUGGCGAAAAUUACCAGAUGGGAUAGAUCAACUUCCAGAAAAAUGGUAUUGCUCCAAUAACCCUGACCCACAGUUCAGAAGUUGUGAUGUUCCAGAAGAACCUGAAGAUGAAGAUUUGGUGCAUCCCACUUAUGAAAAAACCUACAAAAAGAAAGACAAAGAAAAAUUCAGGAUCAGGCAACUUGAAACAAUUCCUCGGAUUCCUGCUGAACUAUUAUUUCCAACAAAUCCUGUGUCAAGUCAAAGCUUUUCUCCCGUUAAGGAAAGUAUUCCAAGAGGACACCUUUCAGAAGCAGCAAAUACUUACGCAACAAGACUUAUAAAUCAUCGAGGUUCACCCCAGUCUGAACCUGAGAAUAACAGCCUGAAACGGAGACUUUCUACUCGUUCAUCAACUUUGAAUGCAAAGAAUCGAAGAUUGAGUAAUCAAGCAUUUGAAAAUUACAAAGAUGAUGAUGAUGAUGAAGAUGUCAUCAUCUUAGAAGAAAACAGCACUCCCAAGCCUGCGGUGGAUGAUGAUAUUGAAGUGAAAUUGCAGCAGAGUCACCUGGAGCAAAGUGGAGUUCAGAUCGAGCCUGUGGCCGACAGUGAAGCUUGUGGCCAGACUGGUUCAACAGGCACCUCAGCGUCCAGGUGCGAUCAGGGAACUACUGCAGCCACCCAGACUGAAGUACCAAGUUUAGUGGUUAAAAAGGAAGAAGCGGUCGAAGAUGAGAUAGAUGUAAGAAAUGACACGACUCUACUGCCGCCUUGUGUGGGGGCUGAAGGAAGGACACAUGAAACCCAGGAAACAUUUGACAAAUCUCCUGGUGAUGCUGGUUGCCAGUUAAGUGAACUGAGAAAUGAGCUGCUUCUCGUCACCCAAGAGAAAGAAAAUUAUAAAAGACAGUGUCAUAUGUUUACUGACCAAAUCAAAGUGUUACAGCAGAGGCUGCUGGAAAUGAACGACAGAUACGUGAAGAAGGAAACUUGCCAUCAGUCUACUGAAACUGAUGCUGUAUUUUUACUUGCAAGUAUUAAUGGCAAGUCUGAAAGUCCAGACCAUAUUGUAUCCCAGUAUCGGCAAGCUUUGGAAGAAAUAGAAAGGCUGAAAAAACAGUGUAGUGCUUUGCAACAAGUAAAGGCUGAGUGCAGUCAGUGUUCCAAUAGUGAGAAUAAAAGUGAGAUGGACGAAAUGGUUGUGCAGUUGGAUGAUGUAUUUAGACAGCUGGACAAAUGCAGUAUUGAGAGGGACCAGUAUAAAAGUGAGGUUGAAUUAUUGGAACUGGAAAAAUCACAAAUCCGUUCACAGUGUGAAGAGCUGAAAAAUGAAAUCGAACAAUUAAAAUCUACAAGUCAACAGAUAGGAGCAGAUGUUUCAACUUCAAGUAACAUUGAGGAGUCUGUAAAUUAUACUGAUGGGGAAAGCCUCAAACUUCGAUCUCUUCGAGUUAACGUAGGACAGCUGCUGGCCAUGAUUGUACCUGAUCUCGAUCUUCAGCAAGUGAAUUAUGAUGUUGACGUAGUUGAUGAGAUUUUAGGACAAGUUGUCGAACAAAUGAGUGAAAUCAGUAGUACUUAAAAGUAUAUUCUGUGUGAGAUAAUAAAAAUACCUGCUCAGCCCUUCUGGUUGUACAGCUUUCAGAGUGUAAACAACUUUGUUACAGAUAUGAUAGGUAAACAGACUGAAGAACCACGAUCUUUUCUGUAUUCUAUGCAUUCAAGUGUGGACACAAGUAUUGUGGACACAUUAUCCCACUUUUGAAAUGCCCAUGAAUCAUUGGUAUUGAGCAGCUACUUAGCCAAUUCAUGAUUCUGCUUUGAAAUGUAAAUAUUUGUAAUUAAGUCUGCAUAUUUUUUUAUUACCCUGGAGGACUCAAGUGUUUUUCACCAUAGGUUUUCAGGUUGCCCCUAACCUUUGUGCAGUUUUCUGGUUCCCCAAAGUGUAUUUUUUCUCUGAAUUGAGGGCUGUGCCAUAACACAAAUGGAAAUGUUCCCUUUGAUUUUCUUACAGAGAAGUUUAAAACAGGGUUUUUAAAAAUGGACUAACAGUCCUGAUAAGUUGUAACUGAAUUGAGCAUUAAUGCUGCUUUUCUAUAAAUUCUUGUCUCCUGAAAUAAGGUAAGUAGAAACUCCAUCCAUUUUGCUAGGAUUUUUUUUUGUGCUGAGAUUGCCAAUCAUGGUUAAACAAAAGUGUUUUACAGAAAGAAGAAAUGAUCUUUAGUAUAAAAAAAGUAUCAAAAAUAUUUUAUGUCCCGCCACAUUUACUUUGAAGCCCAUUUUUGGCUUAGUCCGCAUGGAGUGGGCACAAUAAUUGUUUAACAUUUCUUUUUGUGAAAUUUCCUGAACAGCCUUUUGUAGGAUUACUGCAGGUUAACGUGAGUUGAGGAAGACAGUCUUUCUCCAACAGUACUGCAGAUCUUUAUAUUAUAUUACAGACCUAAGUGGUUUAUAUCCAGGAGUUAAGCAACAAACUUCCUAGGAUCAUAGUAUUACAUGCCAUAAAAAUUAUGCUUUAUUGGUCCCAUGUUUUGUGCAAUUUGAAAGAGAUGACUUUAUUAAGUAUAACUAUGUAUAUAUAAUUAAGAAUCAUAUUUUCCACAACUAAAAUGUGCAUUAUUUUUUCAAAGUUUUAUCAUUGCUAUUUAUUUUUACUUUUGUUUCUGAACAUUCAAUAUAUGUUCUUUUUGUAUGCUUAAUUAUGUGUGUCAUGUACAAUAUUAAAUUUCUACUGUACAUUAAUUUCUUAAAAAAGCAAAUAAAUGAAGAUUGUUUUUAUUUGCUUGAUAAAGUAAUUGAAAGUGUAUUUUUGGUAUGAAGCUGGUUUUCUGUCACAAUUGUAUCUGCUCAAAUUUUAAAAUAUCUUGUAAUAAAAUAAAUAUAUAUAUAUGAUGGCUAACUCUUCAGAUAUUACUUCAAAGGAAUUCUACAUUCAAGGUAUAUUUUGAAAGUUAAAAUUGUAUCUGUUAAGACCUUCAAGUUGAGCUCAUUCUACUAUAUUAAUUAGAAGUUAUAGUUAGAAGACUAAUGCUAUUUGUUUCCAUUAAGACUACAACUGAGCUCACCUUGAAAGUGUGUGUACAUUUCACACUCAAAAAGGAACUUUUUCUUUAACCUAAAGAAACCUUGCCUAGAUGAUAGCUGUGUAUAGCAUGUCUAAGUUGUGAAUAUUUAUGUAGCAGUUAUUUCUGGAAUUUGCUAUUUUCCCCUUCCUUUUGGUCAGCUAUAUUCUUGUAAAAAUGCAGAUUUUAUAUGGCUGUUAACUGGCUUAAUGGAAAAGUUAAUCAUAGAAUUUGUAAGAGAAACUUGCUUGCUAAAAUGAUUCUUUGGAAAUACCUAUUACUCACUCUUUAAGAAACUACUGCCAAGAUACGAUUCUUUGAAAAUGUGGCUAACAAGGAGUUUAACAGAAGAGUAACAUGGGCUUUCAUGGCAUAUGUAAUUUUAAGGUAGAGAUACCUUUUUUAUUAAGUUGAAUUUGUUAAAAGGCUAGUGUGGGAGGAAAGUGUUGCUUAAACUCAUUACUACUUUAAAACAAAAACAGUAUGAGAAUGUAAACCAGAACAGUCCACAGUCCCUCCAAACAGGACCUGCUUUAGUCAGCUAAGGCUACAAAAUCAGUAAAAGCUGUGUUCACAUAGCAGGAACGAUGUGGCAUAUCCAUGUGUCCUUUAUUUGGGCCUCAGAUUCCUGAUGUGGGCAGGUACUGCUGGUGACUCUGCCCACGAUCUCAGACACUUGAUUCUUACUAUCACAUGGCCCUUUAGGUCAUUGUUUGUCCUGGAGGAAUAAUUUAAAGUGAUGGAUACCGGUGGUUCUCGCUACUGCCUGCAUUUUAGAAUCACCUGGGGAGUUUUUAGGAACCCCAAUGUAAGGAUGCAACCCAUACUAAUUAAGAGCCUUUGGGGUUGGACCAAAGUAUCAGGUGUUUUGUUUUGUUAAAGGCCUUCCAGUGCAGCACCAUUGCUUAAAGCCAUUGAUCUAUACCCUCCAGUGUUGAAUAUUUACAAGUGUUGAACUCAAGUGGGUCUUGAAACAAACUCAGGAUCUGCAUGGCCACUUUCUCACUGGGGAAAGCAAGGAUGGGGAGAGGGAAGCGGAGCUGGUGCCCAAGUUAGAAAUGUAAGUGCAGCAGAAUCCUACGAAGUGAAAAGACUUCCCCACUGCCUCCCUAAAGAUGACCACUGUUAUUUUUCGAUGUCCUUCCAGAAAAUAUUAGCUGCAUACACAUACACAUUCAUAUAUAUGCAUUCAGUUUAUAUUAAAUUUUAUAUCUUUAUACUUGAUUAUAUAUUUGUAUCAAAUUUACACAAGUAUUACACCGUAUAAUUGGUAAUUCCAUAUUACUCUUUUGAACAGCUUUAGUACUAUGAUAUGAGUAUGCUCCCAACGCUCAUUAAUUUCUCAUCUUUUGAUAUUACAAAAAAUGCUGCUGUGAAAAUUAAUACAUAUCACAGGCUUUUUCAAGUAUAUUCAGAGUGUAAAUUCCUUGUAGUGAAUAUUGGUAGGUCAAAGAGUGUAUGCUAUAUUAAUUUUAAUAAAUGUUGCCAUCCAAAAAGGUUGUAUUUAUACUCCUAUGAAAAACAAA